AUGAGUGGCGUCAAUUCGAUACGCACCGCUUUUCUCGACUAUUUCGCCGCCAAUGGCCACCGCAUCGUGCCGUCGAGCCCGCUGGUGCCGCUGAACGAUCCGACGCUGAUGUUCACCAAUGCGGGCAUGGUUCAGUUCAAGAACGUAUUCACCGGGCUUGAAAAGCGCGAUUAUGCGCGGGCCGUCACCUCGCAGAAAUGCGUCCGUGCCGGCGGCAAGCACAACGAUCUGGACAAUGUCGGCUACACCGCGCGCCACCACACCUUUUUCGAGAUGCUCGGCAAUUUCUCGUUCGGCGACUAUUUCAAGGACGAGGCGAUUACGCUCGCCUGGAAGCUGAUCACCGGCGAGUUCGGCCUCGAUCCCGAGCGGCUUCUGGUCACCGUCUAUCACACCGACGAUCAGGCGUUCGAUCUGUGGCGCAAGAUCUCCGGCCUGCACGAGGACCGGAUCAUCCGCAUCCCGACGCACGACAAUUUCUGGCAGAUGGGCGAUACCGGCCCGUGCGGCCCGUGUUCGGAGAUUUUCUACGAUCAUGGCGACCAUAUCUGGGGCGGCCCGCCCGGCUCGCCCGAGGAGGAUGGCGACCGCUUCAUCGAGAUCUGGAAUCUCGUCUUCAUGCAGUUCGAGCAGACGACGGCCGAUCAGCGUGUCGACCUGCCGCGUCCGUCGAUCGACACCGGCAUGGGGCUCGAGCGCAUCGCCGCCGUCUUGCAGGGCGUGCACGACAAUUACGACAUCGACCUCUUCAAGGCGCUGAUUUCCGCGUCCGAGCAGUUGACGCACACCAGGGCCGAGGGCGACCGGCAGGCCAGCCACCGCGUCAUCGCCGACCAUCUGCGCGCGACAUCGUUCCUGAUUGCCGACGGCGUGCUGCCCUCCAAUGAGGGGCGCGGCUAUGUGCUGCGCCGGAUCAUGCGGCGCGCCAUGCGCCAUGCCCAUCUUCUGGGCGCCGAGGAGCCGCUGAUGCACCGGCUGGUGCCGGCGCUGAUCGGCGAGAUGGGCGAAGCCUAUCCGGAACUCGGUCGCGCUCGCGCGCUGAUCACCGAAACGCUACGGCUCGAGGAAACCCGCUUCCGCAAGACGCUGGAGCGCGGCCUGGGGCUAUUGAACGAAGCGACCGACCAGCUUGGCGAUGGCGAUGAGCUGGCCGGCGAGACGGCCUUCAAGCUGUACGACACCUAUGGCUUCCCGCUCGAUCUGACGCAGGAUGCGCUGCGCCAGCGCGGCAUUUCGGUCGACACGGACGGUUUCAACGCGGCCAUGGAGCGCCAGAAGGCCGAGGCCCGCGCCAAUUGGUCCGGCUCGGGCGAUGCCGCCGACGAAGCGGUUUGGUUCGGCCUGCGCGACGAACUGGGCGCCACCGAGUUCCUUGGCUACGAGACCGAAAAGGCCGAGGGCAUCAUCACCGCGCUCGUCCAUGACGGCGCGCGCACGGAGAUGGCCGAUCCGGGCCAAUCCGUCGUCGUGAUCACCAAUCAGACGCCGUUCUACGGCGAAUCGGGCGGUCAGCAGGGCGACCGCGGCGUGAUGCGCGGCGAGCGCUUUGUCAUCGACAUCGCCGAUACCCAGAAGAAGGCCGACGGCCUGUUCAUCCAUCAUGGCAAGGUGCUUGAGGGUGCCGUUGCGGUGGGCGCGGUCGUCGAAAUGGAGGUCGACCAUGGCCGUCGCGGCGCCAUCCGCGCCAACCAUUCGGCAACCCAUCUGGUGCAUGAGGCGCUGCGCGAGGUGCUCGGCACCCAUGUCACGCAGAAGGGCUCGCUCGUCGCGCCUGACCGGCUGCGGUUCGAUUUUGCCCAUCCCAAGCCGGUCAGCGCCGAGGAACUGGCCGAAGUCGCCGACAUCGCCAACGAGAUCAUCUUGCAGAACGCGCCGGUCACCACCCGGCUGAUGGCCGUCGACGAGGCGAUCGAAGAGGGUGCGAUGGCGCUGUUCGGCGAGAAAUAUGGCGAUGAGGUGCGCGUCGUCUCGAUGGGCACCGCCACGCGCGGCGACAAGGCCGGCAAACCCUAUUCGGUGGAGCUGUGCGGCGGCACCCAUGUCGGCGCCACCGGCGAGAUCGGUCUCGUCCGUAUCGUCGCCGAGAGCGCGGUGUCGGCCGGCGUUCGCCGCAUCGAGGCGCUGACGGGCGAGGGCGCGCGCCGCUAUCUGGAAGCCCAGGACGAGCGCAUGCGUUCGGUUGCCGGGCUUUUGAAGACAACGCCCGACGAGGCGGUCGGCCGCAUCGGCCAACUGGUCGACGAGCGGCGCAAGCUCGAACGCGAACUGGCAGAGGCGCGAAAGGCGCUGGCGCUGGCCGGCCCUGCCGCGGAAAACGGCGAUGCCGGCGGCGACACGCGCCAGAUCGCCGGCGUCACCUUCAUGGGCCGCACCGUUGCCGGUGUGUCACCGCGCGAUCUCAAGCCGAUGGCUGACGAUGCAAAGGCGCGGAUCGGCUCCGGUGUCGUGGUGCUCGCUGCAAGUUCCGAAGACGGCAAGGGCUCGGUCGUCGUCGCGGUGACGGACGAUCUGGUGGCGCGGUUCAACGCGGUCGAUCUGGUGCGCGUGGCAUCGGCCGCUCUUGGUGGCAAGGGUGGUGGUGGCCGGCCGGACAUGGCCCAGGCCGGCGGUCCCGAUGGCGCCAGCGCACAAGCGGCGAUCGACGCGGUCGCCGGCGCGCUCGAACAGGUGCCGGAAAAAGCCUGA